AUGGGCAUUCCUCGAGGAGCAUUACAUCAAGCAUUGUCUAAUCCUCAUAUCUAUAUGCAGUGUUCUUGUUGCAAGAUUCCAGAACAAGAGCGCAUUUUGCCUUCGCUUCCUGACAUUUCAAUUGUUUAUAAACUUCACCUUGAAUGUAACAAGUUCAUCAAUGAAGAUCAUAUUAGUCCAGAAGUUCAAGCACAUUUCACAAGAUCAAUCGCCGAAUUACAAUUCUUAGGAUUCAUCAAACAAUCAAAGCACAAGACUGACACUGCUGCUAGACUAACUUAG